AUGUUGGGCCGUAAACAAAGCAUUCGGGCGGAUAUAAUGGCUCCUGACUAUGUUCAGGAUGAAUCUCUAAAUGAGAACGCUGAAAUCGAUUGGGUGAAUAAGCUUUGGGUCCGACGUUUGAUGCGCUUUUGUGCGCUUCUGAGCUUACUCUGCGUCAGUCUCAACACUCCAAAAACUUUUAAGGCUUUUCCAUUUCUACAGUAUGCGACGUUCAUAUGCGAUUUUGCUGUCACCGGCCUGUACACUGCCGAAAUGAUAGCAAAAAUGCACAUUCGAGGGAUAUUAAAGGGAGAAUCACCUUAUAUGAAAGAUCACUGGUGUCAAUUUGAUGGCACUAUGGCAUUUUUCCUUUGGGUGUCUGUAAUUUUACAAAUUUUUGAAAUUGUGGAAUUUUUACCAGAAUUUAGUUACUUAUCAAUACUACGAGCACCAAGGCCUUUCAUAAUGAUUCGAUUUAUACGUGUCUUCCUAAAAUUCUCAAUGCCAAAAUCUAGGAUAAAUCAAAUUUUCAAGCGUUCAAGUCAGCAAAUCUACAAUGUAACACUGUUCUUCCUGUUUUUUAUGUCUUUGUAUGGUGUACUCGGUGUUCAACUUUUUGGGGAAAUGAAAAACCAUUGUGUUCUUAAUACAACAGAUCCAACGCGUGUUACUCUUAAUAAUUUAGCCAUACCAGACUCAUUCUGUUCUAAGGAACCAGGUGCUGGAUAUCAGUGUCCUGAAGGUAUGAAAUGUAUGAAAUUAGAGCUGUCAAGGUACAUAACUGGGUUCAGUGGAUUCGAUGAGUUUGCAACAAGUAUUUUCACUGUCUAUCAAGCUGCAUCUCAAGAGGGUUGGGUGUACAUAAUGUUCCGAACAUUUGAUAGUCUUCCAGCCUGGAGAGCAAUUUUUUACUUUUCUACAUUAAUAUUCUUCUUAGCAUGGUUAGUUAAGAAUGUGUUUAUUGCAGUAAUUACAGAAACAUUUAAUGAAAUGCGUGUGCAAUUUCAACAAUUGUGGGGAAGUAGAAGACAUGUUGGAAACAAAACUUCCACUGAAAUUUUAGUUAGUGAUGAAAAUGGUUGGAGAUUAGUUACUCCUGAACAGAAUAAACAUCGAACUUUAGCAUCACCAUUAGGACAUAAAAUUCUUAACUCUGCUUGGUUUAGAUUACUUGUCAUGUGCAUUAUACUAAGUAAUGGAAUUGCUAUGGCGACAAUGAAUUUUAAACAUGAUGGACGGAAAAGAGAAGAAUUCUAUGAACAAUACUAUUAUAUUGAAGUUGUUUAUACAAUAAUAUUUAACUUUGAAACAUUAUUUAAAAUGGUUUUACUUGGAUUUAAAGAAUAUUUCAAACACUCAUACCAUAAGUUUGAGCUAAUGCUAGCUGUUGGGACUACAUUACAUAUUUUCCCACAGUUUUAUUUAUCCGGAUUAACUUAUUUUCAGGUUUUAAGAAUUGUUCGAUUGAUAAAAGCUUCACCUAUGUUAGAAGAUUUUGUGUACAAGAUAUUUGGACCUGGAAAGAAGCUGGGUAGCCUUAUCAUAUUUACUUUAUGUUUAUUAGUAAUUUCAUCUGGGAUUUCCAUGCAACUAUUUUGUUUUUUAUGUGAUUUUCCAAAGUUUGAAACCUUUCCAGAAGCCUUCAUGUCCAUGUUUCAAAUUCUUACUCAAGAAGCUUGGGUUGAUGUCAUGGAUGAAACAAUGUUAAGGACUCGUAAGACAUUAGUUCCAUUAGUUGCUGUCUACUUUAUUCUCUAUCACUUGUUUGUCACACUUAUUGUGUUAAGUCUUUUUGUAGCGGUGAUUUUGGAUAACCUUGAACUAGAUGAAGAAUUAAAAAAAUUAAAACAGUUACGUUUUCGUGAACAAAGUGCUGAAAUCAAAGAAACACUGCCAUUUAGACUAAGAAUUUUUGAAAAAUUUCCUGACCGUCCCAAAAUGACGUCUAUACAUAAGCAACCAUCUGAUUUUAAUUUGCCUAAAGUUCGUGAAAGUUUUAUGAGACAGUUUGUUUUAGAUAAAAGUGAUGAAGAAACUUCUACAGAUAAUUUAAAUAAAACAAAUGAAGUAGUCAAACCUCCCUUGAUCACUCGUAAACAGCAUCCAAUGCGGUUAUUAUCUAAUCUACCAAAAGUGCGAACAGUAACACCAGAAAUUCGUAAAUCAAUUAUAUCAAACAUAAUUAAUGAUUCUAAUAACCAACGUUUACUUUUGGGAGAUUCAACAUUUUUACCUCCAAAUUCUGGUAAUAAAGGUGGUUUACAUGCUCAAGGCACUGUUAAUAAUAUGCAACAUACACGCAUGGAUCACAAAAAAUCUAUGAGACAUAGUAUUCGUCGUGGAUCAAUGAAACUCAAACAGACAUAUGAACACCUCAUGGAAAAUGGAGAUAUAGGUGGCAUGAAUCGUUUAGCUACAGCUACACGAGCUAGGCCCCAUGAUCUUGAUAUCAAGUUAUUGCAAGCUAAACGACAGCAAGCAGAAAUGAGGCGCAAUCAACGAGAGGAAGAUUUAAGAGAGAAUCAUCCAUUGUUUGACACCCCUUUAUUUAUUGUUCCGAGAGAAUCAAAAUUUCGUAAAUUAUGUCAAUUAAUUGUAUAUGCUCGAUAUGAUCUGAAACUAAGAGAUCCACUUACGGGAGAAGAGCGCCAGGUUAAAUAUAAAGGGUUUCACAAUUUUUUGGGACUAGUAACUUACUUGGAUUGGUUAAUGAUAUUAGUGACCACAUUAAGUUGUAUAUCAAUGAUGUUUGAAACACCUUUGUAUCGUGUAAUGGAAACUCCAGCUUUGCAAAUAGCUGAAUAUGUAUUUGUUUGCUUCAUGAGUAUGGAAUUAGCAUUAAAAAUUUUGGCAGAUGGAGUUUUUUUUACACCAAAAGCAUAUAUGAAAGAUGUUGCUGCUAUAUUAGAUAUAUUUGUUUAUGUGACAAGUUUAGUAUUUUUAUGUUGGAUGCCAACCAAUGUAGCUACAAAUUCAUCAGCUCAUUUACUAAUGAUUUGCCGAUGUGUACGCCCACUACGUAUAUUCUCACUAGUCCCACACAUGAGAAAAGUAGUUGAUGAACUUUGUCGUGGAUUUAAAGAAAUUUUACUGGUAUCUGUACUAUUGAUUGUGUUGAUGUUUGUAUUUGCCAGUUAUGGUGUUCAAAUUUUUGGUGGUCGUUUAGCUCGAUGUAAUGAUCCAACUAUUAAAGACCGUGCACUCUGUACUGGAGUUUUUAUGCGUCAAAUUUAUGUAACAAAAAUGAAAAUGCAACCAGGACCAAAUGAAACUUUUCCUGCUAUUUUGGUGCCAAGAGUUUGGGCGAACCCGAGGAGGUUCAAUUUCGAUAAUAUAGGCUACGCAAUGCUGACGCUGUUUGAAGUGUUAUCAUUCAAAGGCUGGCUGGAUGUCCGUGAUAUACUAAUCAGCGCUUUGGGACCAAUUCAUGCAAUUUAUAUUCAUAUAUUUAUAUUCUUGGGAUGUAUGAUUGGACUCACUUUAUUUGUUGGUGUUGUAAUUGCUAACUAUUCUGAAAAUAAAGGAACUGCAUUACUGACUGUAGAUCAAAGACGAUGGUGUGAUUUGAAGAAAAGACUGAAAAUUGCUCAACCUUUACAUUUACCUCCCAGACCUGAUCGUAGAAAGUUCCGAGCAUUUAUAUAUGAUAUUACGCAAAAAAUUCAUUUUAAGAGGUUUUUUGCUGUUAUUGUGUUGAUCAAUAGUUGUUUAUUGUGUGUUUCGUGGCGGGCAGUAGACCAACAUACUGAACCUUUAUCACUGGUUAGUGCAUUUCUAACUUUGAUAUUUGUGGCUGAAGUAAUUAUGAAAAUGAUAGCAUUCACUGCUCGUGGAUAUUGGCAGUCACGUCGGAAUCGAUAUGAUCUUUUAGUCACUGUUCUAGGAGUGAUUUGGAUUAUUACACAUUUUGUAUUCCAUAAUGAAUUAUCUUUCUCAUUUGGCUAUAUAGUAGUCGUAUUACGCUUUUUUACAAUCACAGGCAAACACGCAACACUCAAAAUGCUCAUGUUGACUGUUGGAGUUUCUGUAUGUAAAAGCUUUUUCAUUAUAUUUGGUAUGUUUCUAUUGGUGUUCUCCUAUGCGUUGGCUGGAACUAUUUUAUUCGGUACUGUAAAAUAUGGCGAAGGAAUUGGCAGACUUGCAAAUUUUGGUUCUCCAGUUACUGGAGUAGCUAUGUUAUUUCGCAUUGUUACUGGAGAAGAUUGGAAUAAAAUCAUGCACGACUGUAUGAUAUUACCACCACAAUGUACGCCCGCAGAUAAUUAUUGGCAAACAGACUGUGGAAACUAUGCUGCUGCUUUAAUUUAUUUCUGUUCGUUCUAUGUAAUGAUCACAUAUAUUGUACUUAACCUAUUAGUUGCAAUUAUAAUGGAAAAUUUUUCCCUAUUUUAUUCCAACGAGGAGGACGCUUUACUUUCAUAUGCAGACAUUAGGAAUUUCCAACAUUCGUGGAACAUUGUUGACGACACACAAGCUGGAGUCAUUCAAGUAUAUAAGGUGAAGUUUUUGUUACGCCUAUUGAAGGGUAGAUUAGAAACCGAUCCACAAAAAGGAAAAAUGUUAUUGAAACACAUGUGCUAUGAACUAGAAAGGCUUCACAAUGGACAAGAAGUAACAUUUCAUGAUGUCUUAAAUAUGUUAUCAUAUCGCACAGUUGAUAUAACAAAAGCUUUACAACUUGAAGAGUUAGUGGCACGUGAAGAUUUUGAAGUCAAUAUUCAAGAAGAAGUUGCUAAACAAACCAUACGUAAUUGGCUGGAAGGGUGCUUACGAAAAAUGAGAGCAGCUAAUAGGCAACAAGGUAGUCUAUUAGCUGGCCUACGUGCAACAAAUGAAAUGAUGCUUAGGGAUUUUGAAGAGAAACAAGCUGCCAACAAUGAAAAAGAAAAUGAAGAAAAAGAUUUAAAAUGUGAUACAAAUCGUUCAAAGCUCAAAUCAACUUCAGGAAUUACUCGUUCAGAUAGUGUUGGCAGUGGAUCUGGACGCAAAUUUUUGACACCAACCUUAUCAGAUCCUUCAGAUAAAGAAAAAAAUCGUAAAGCCUCAUACAGGAACUUAAAACCAUUAAAUAUGUCUAAUCUAAAUGUCUCGACUUCUUCAAGGGAUCAAAGAUCCAGUACCCCCAAAGUUAUAAAUGCAGUGAAGGAAAUACACGAAUGGUGGUUAGAUCAAUUAGACCAUUACUCAGAUAUAUCAUCUAGUGAUGAUGAUAAUUAUUAA